CGGCUUUACGCCAAGCCCGCCAGCUCGCCCGUUGCAUUCCCGUUUCGAGCUUCCGCCCUCCCUCCUGUGUACUAUCUCUUUCCCUCUGCCCACCGCUCGCAGUCGUACACCAACCACUUCAUUUCGGGGCCGUGAGAGAGAGGCCGCGCGGCGGCGACGAGGCCCGGAGCGAGGGUGGAGGACGACUUAGGGUUUUUGGUCGGCUGAUCCAUGGACAGGGGGACGGGCCCGGGCGCCGAGGUGCUCUCCCCCGGCGAGGCCGAGUGGCCCCCAGAGCUCCGCCUCCCGCCGCCGCCUCCUCCCGUGCCGGAGCCCCCAGGGCCGCAUCCGCCCGCCCCUGACUCCGCUUCGAUGCGAAUGCCCGCACCUCAUCUACACCUGCAGCUUCCUCCCGCGGCGGCGGCGAGGAAGGACCCGUCUCCGCCUCGCCACGGGGAGGGCUUCGAUGACCAGCUGUUCCUCGGAUCGCUCAUGGGGGCUGCGGCCCCGCUCCAGCAUCAGCACCACCACCAGCAGCAGCCCGCCGCCGCGGCACCGGUGAAGAGGAAGAGAGGGAGGCCGCCGAAGAACAGGGACGGUGCGGCGCCGGUGCCUGCGCCGGUCAAGCCGGUGAGCAAGAAGGAUGAGGAGGUGGUGUGCUUCAUCUGCUUCGAUGGGGGCAACCUCGUGGUUUGCGACCGAAGGGGUUGCCCGAAGGUGUACCAUCCUGCGUGCAUCAAGCGAGAUGAAUCCUUCUUUCGGUGUCGGGUCAAGUGGGAUUGUGGUUGGCACAUAUGCAGCAGCUGCGAAAAGGCAGUACAAUACAUGUGUUAUACUUGUACGUACUCUGUCUGCAAAGGGUGCGUCAAACAAGGCAAAUUCUUUGGCGUUAGAGGGAGCAAGGGUUUCUGUGACACAUGUUAUGGUACUAUAUUAUUGAUAGAAUCCAAAGACGAUGGUGCAAAGGUUGGUGUUGAUUUUGAUGAUAAAAAUAGCUGGGAGUAUCUUUUCAAGUUAUAUUGGUUGGAUCUGAAAGGGAAGCAUUUACUAACGAUUGAAGAGCUAAAAAGUGCAAAGAACUAUUGGACUGUUCCUACUACUGCUGGUAGGAGAGAGAAAGAGGAGUCAUCUGAUGAACUAUAUGAUGCAAGCAAUGACCAAGAUGCUACGUUUGACAUUUCCUCAAAGAAACAAAGACAGAAUAACUCUUCAGGAAAAAGAGGACAAAAACGUAAAAAAGAUGGUGGCAUUACUUCAAGGAAGCGUGGAAUCUCAAUUAAUAGUGCUGGAAGCUUACCGAAUGGAUCAACAGGUGAAGGGAUGUCCUUGGCAGGUGACACAAAAUGGGCAUCAUCUGAGUUAUUGGAAUUCAUUGGUCACAUGAGAAAUGGUGAUAGUUCUUAUAUUUCCCAGUUUGAUGUCCAGGUUCUUUUGCUCGAAUAUAUAAAGCAAAAUAACCUCUCUGAUCCUCGCAGAAAAAGUCAGAUUAUCUGUGAUGCAAGGCUUAGCAAUUUGUUUAGAAAACCACGUGUUGGUCAUUUUGAGAUGUUAAAGCUUUUGGAGAUGCAUUAUCUUGUGAAACAGGUUCCAACAUUGAAUGCAGAUAGUGAAAGAGCAUUUGAUUCAUACUCGGCCCAAGUAAAUCAUGGAGGAUAUAAUGAGUUGUCCGAUAAAUUAGGUUCUGAUAAGAGGAGGAAGGCUCAUAUGAAGAUUGAAAGAGAAUCGACAAUUAAUCCAGAGGAUUAUGCUGCCAUUGACAUGCACAAUAUCAAUCUGAUUUACUUGCGCCGCAGUGUUAUGGAGGAUCUUAUUGAUGAGGUUGCUGUUUUCUCUGACAAAAUUGCUGGGGCUUUUGUGAGGAUAAGAAUUUCCGGUCUUGGCAACAAGCAAGAUAUGUACCGACUGGUGAAAGUUCUCGGUACACAUAAAGUUGCAGAGCGAUACACUGUUGGUAAGAAGACAACAGAUUAUGCUCUUGAGAUAUCUAAUUUAGAAAAAAAAGAGAUUAUCACAAUGGACACGAUCUCAAAUCAGGAUUUCACAGAGGAGGAAUGCAAGCGGUUACGCCAGAGUAUGAAGUUUGGUCUAACUGCCCGGUUAAAAGUGAGGGAUGUCUAUGAUAAAGCUAAAAUCUUCCAAUCUCUGCAAUUUAAAGAUUGGUUGGAAAAUGAGAAACAGAGGCUGAGCCGUCUUCGUGAUCGUGCUAGUGAAACCGGACGCCGAAAAGAAUUGAGAGAGUGUGUAGAAAAGUUGCAGCUUCUGAACACUCCUGAAGAAACAGAGCGCAUGAUUAAUGAAGCUCCUGAAGUACAUGUUGAUCCCCAGAUGGAUCCAAGUUAUGAAUCCGCUGAAGAACCCGAUUAUAAGAAAGCUGUUGAUUGGACCAUGCAUCGGAACGGACCAGAUCUAUUAUUUCCAGGAAGAAAAGGGACAAAAUUGAAUUCUGUGGAGAAUCAUACACAAAAUAGUCUGGAUGCAAGCGGUCACAUUAGCAGUCUACCUACAGAGGAUGUGGACCAUAGAUUAGGUGCUGGAAGUAACAUUAAUUUAAACAAUAUGGCACCAGAGCCUGCAUCACUUGGAGUUUUAUCAAAUGACACUGAGCCAGAAAAAGUUUGGCACUACAAAGACCCUAAUGGAAAUGUUCAGGGACCGUUUACUCUUUUGCAGUUAUCCAAUUGGGCAAGUUUUUUCCCACGUGACCUGAGAAUAUGGCUUACAUUUGAGAGUGAGGAGAACUCACUACUGUUGACUGAAGUGCUCCCAAAGCAGCAGAAAGAUUUUAUUCAGCCUUCAACAGUUACUACCAGUGAUAAAUCAAUAUGGGCAGGCUCUGGUCAAGAUAGAAUUAACUCAAAUGCAAAUAACUCUUCCUCCCCUAGCUUGUCUGCUGAGUGCUAUGAUCCAACAAAAUAUCUAAAGCCUCUAGGUGGAACGUCACCAUCAAGAUCUCUGAAAGAUUCUCAUGCUUUGCAUGAGGUCCAGAAUCAGGUUAACGAUUCAUCCACAAUUCUUUCUUCAGCUGGUUCAUAUGUACCAACCAGUUCUCAUGAUGAAAGGGUCUCAAGAGACAGGGUUGAUGAGUGGAACAGUAGUCAGGACAAUGGUGGCAUUUGGAAUCCAACCAUGAAUCAUAGUCGGAAGAGUAAUGCACAGCAACAUCCUGACGGUUUUACAGGGAAGGACCAAAUGCUAACUGAAUCUAAAUGUAGUUCACAUAUGGUCUCAGUUCUUACCCCACAACAAUCUGAGAGAGACCCUGCCACUUCUCUUAGUACUACAAGUCGUCCGGAGUGCAAAACCAUGUGCCGGCAGGAAGGUUCUUCAUGGAGUUCAGCUACAAAUGCUGGAGUUCAUGACCUUCAGUUAACUAUUGCUUUAACAAAGCCAGAGACAUGUUCUCCAACAAAUCCUGUUGAAGACAGAGAUUCGAGUUCUGCUUCUGCGGUGUCUUGUCAGUCAGGGGCUCCUGCCUGCAUUCCCCAACCCGAUCCAACAUCUACAUGUAAUUCAAGUAAGAUUGAGGCAACCAUGGAUCUGCAUAAAACAUGCCAGCCUGACACAUCAAAUGAAUCAUUCGGCCGGCUUCCUGAACCUCAAAGUGGCUCACUCUUUUCCUUGAAAACUCUAAAUCUUGAGUCCGAGCACCCUAGUUCUACGCCAAAACUGGAGGGGAAGGAAACUUCCAUGAACCAGUCAGGAUCAACAUCAGUAGCACAUGAGAAUUUAGCUACAAAGACACGUGUCCGCCCACCUACCAGUAAAAUUGAUAGCUUGCAACCACUUAAGGAAAGAUCAUGUCCAACAGAAAGGGACUCAAUCACUCAAUUAGAGCAUCUGUUUGAAGAGAAUGUGGUAAAGAGAAAUAACGAAGUGGUCAAUCCUGUAUCUGAUGCUGAAGGGAUUGCUGUAUCAGAUGUGUUGGAAUCGUUAACAGAACAAGAUUGUGAAAAAUACAGUACACAUGGAGCAGAUUGUGAAAAAUACAGUACACAUGGAGCAGCGCCUUUACAAAAUUUGGUGCCAGCUUCAGCCGAGGAAGAACAACCACAAUGCUCCAGUCCUAUUGCAUUGUCCCCUUGGGGGGAACCAAGUUACUAUCAGGGUGAAGCUGUUGAUUCUGCUCUAUGGGGCGUCCAGGAUGGUAAUGACAUGUGGUCAAUGCCUUCACCAACACCUGGUCUCCAGCCUUCAUCAGCUGAUGGAAAAAACGCUUCAUGCAUCAUAGAGGAGGCGAGAGCGGACCAUGGAGAUGGUGCAUUUGUCGAAACAUUACCAAGACAAGGGGACGAAAAGACGGAACAUGCAAACUCAAGUGUCUCAGGUUCUGGAGUGCCAGAACAGGUAAAACCAAAAGCAAGCACUGCAUCAGGUCCAUCUCUAGAUGGGAGCACAAAAGCUUUGGGUUGGCAACUGCUGGGCUCAUCUCUAGAGGGGAGUGCAAAAGCUUCAGGCUGGAAACCGCCAGCUUUAUCGAUUGAAGGGAUUGCUAAUGCCUCAGGUUCGCAAGCAUUGUAUCCUACGCAAGGGAGCACAAAAUCUUCAGGUUGUCAGCGAUCAAGUUCAUCCCCAGAUGGGAGUAGAAAAGCCUCAGGUUGGCAACAGUCAAGUACAUCACCGGUGGGGAGUGGAAAAGCUCAUGGCUGGCAACGAUCAGGUUCUUUUACCCAGGGUGGUACAAAAGCUGCAGGCUGGCAACCCUCUGGUUCUUCUACAGAUCGGAGUGCAAAAGUUGAUGGCUGGCAACGAACAAGUUCAUCUCCGGAGGGAAACAGAAAAGCUUCAGGCUGGCAUUCAUCAGGUCGUGAGAGCUCAAAGAUCACAUAUGGUGCCAGUGAAAACCGUAAAUCAUUUUCUAGCCACCAAGCGACGACACCAACAGGGAGACACUCUUUGGCAAGGAGGCAGGGAAGCAGCGACAAGGGUGCUGCUGGUUGGGAAGAGAGUCUAGGAAACACUUGGGAAGCAUCAAAGAGACAACAGAGAAACAGCGACAAGAAUGCAGGCUGCGGAGAGGCUCUCGGAAGCAACAGGACCUGGCACCCAUCGUCUGGUAACCCCAGUCGGAGCAGCCAGGGGAAUCACCAACAUGACAGGCAUUCUCACGGCAGUGAUUCGCGGCGGGGUAGCUCAAACUACCCUCGGAGGUCCGACCAUCGUCAUGACCAUGGCAGUGGUGGUUCGUCAAGACCCUCGUCAAGAGGGCAGCCCCAGAGGGGGGUUUGUAAAUACUACGAGAAUGGCCACUGCUGGAAGGGCUCGAAAUGCCAGUACCUGCACCGAUGACUGCCGUGACCGUGGGAAGCGGAACGCCCUCACAUUUUUGUAUAGCAGCAUAUGGUCUCGUCGUAGUCAGUAAAAGGAGGAACUGUGUCGGCGGGACCACUAGUUCGUAGUAGUACAUAUCCUUCAGAGCAGGAGCAUGACUAAAGAUUCUCCGCUUUGGUGCAGGAAUGCGCCCCUUUUGUUCAGUUAAACGGAGGUGUGGGCAUUUGCAAACAUGGAUUUUCUCCAUAAGCCAGGGUGUUGUGCAAUCGUACGGAAUAACUACUGAAGAGCUGCA